AGAGAAAGAAAGCUAACUAAUCGUGAGAGUGGAAGUGGAGCUAACGUUAAAGGAAAGACAACUGUCAAAACAGCAAGGGGAACAGAAAUUUUAGUGGAGUGAUAAUUCUGUUAGAUGGCUACACAAACAGAUUUAUAGCAAGUUAAUCAAAGACCGUGUUUGUCAGAUGCCCGAGGAGCAUUUUGGAUACUACAUCGAUUGUCCCAUUUCCAAACGGAAACCAUUUCUGGACAGACAGUUCGUGCUAGCUAGCCUAGCUAAGUGAAUAAUCCAGGAGACUUUUCAUUGUCACCUAAAAACCCAAACUGAAUGUUUUGUCUGUCAUGAGUCCGGCCGGGUGCUCCCAUGUGAACGGUUAUAAGGUGGAUAAUUGGAAACAAAAUCUUCGAGUCAUAUACCAAUGCUUUGUUUGGAGUGGUACUGCUGAGACCAGGAGACGCAAGGUGCUUCAGAGUGAUGCAGGAUGGACAGAACUGGCCAAGUCGUGCAUCUGUCACAUGUGUGGCGCCCACCUGAACCGACUCCACUCUUGUCUCUACUGUGUUUUUUUCGGCUGUUUUACGAAGAAGCACAUCCACGAACACGCAAAAAACAAGAGACACAAUCUAGCAAUAGACUUAUUAUACGGUGGAAUAUAUUGUUUUGUGUGUCAAGACUACAUAUACGACAAAGACAUGGAGCAGAUUGCCAAAGAGGAGCAGAGGAAAGCCUGGAAAUUGCAAGGCAUAGGAGAGAAAUACACAACAUGGGAGCCAACCAAGAGGGAGCUAGAAUUAUUACGACACAAUCCAAAGCGGAGGAAAAUCACUACGAACUGUACCAUAGGUUUACGAGGGUUAAUAAACCUGGGCAACACAUGUUUCAUGAACUGUAUUGUACAGGCCCUAACACACACACCACUGCUGCGAGACUUCUUUCUCUCUGACAGACACAAGUGCGAGAUGCAAUCAAACUCCUGUCUGGUUUGUGAGAUGUCGCAGCUCUUUCAGGAGUUCUACUCGGGCCACCGUUCGCCCCACAUUCCCUUCCGGCUGCUGCACCUGGUGUGGACUCACGCACGUCAUCUCGCAGGCUACGAGCAGCAAGAUGCCCAUGAGUUCCUCAUCGCAGCAUUGGAUGUACUACAUAGGCACUGCAAAGGAGACACCAUCAGAGACGACAAUGGGAAGAAGGCCAACAAUCCAAAUCACUGUAACUGCAUCAUUGACCAAAUCUUCACUGGGGGCCUGCAAUCGGAUGUUACCUGUCAAGUUUGCCAUGGGGUUUCCACGACGAUAGAUCCAUUCUGGGACAUCAGUCUGGACUUGCCUGGCUCAUCCACGCCUUUCUGGCCCCUUAGCCCUGGAGGGGAUGGCAGCACAGUCAAUGGAGAGAGCCACUUGUCAGGAUCCACCACGCUUACAGAUUGCCUGCGCAGGUUUACACGGCCCGAGCAUCUAGGAAGCAGUGCCAAAAUCAAGUGUGGUGGUUGCCAUAGUUACCAGGAGUCUACCAAACAGCUGACAAUGAAGAAGCUCCCCAUCGUAGCAUGUUUCCAUCUCAAACGAUUUGAGCACUCUGCUAAACUGCGGAGGAAGAUUACUACAUAUGUUUCCUUCCCUCUAGAGUUGGACAUGACACCCUUCAUGGCAUCCAGUAAAGAGAGCAGAAUGAACGGGCAGUAUCAACAGUCGGUUGAUGUAUUAAACAACGACAAUAAGUAUUCCUUGUUUGCGGUGGUCAACCACCAAGGCACAUUAGAGAGUGGCCACUACACCAGCUUCAUCCGGCAGCACAAAGACCAGUGGUUUAAAUGUGAUGACGCCAUAAUCACCAAGGCCAGCAUUAAGGAUGUACUCGAUAGCGAAGGGUAUCUUUUAUUCUACCAUAAACAGUUUCUUGAGUAUGAGUAGUCUUCGUGACCACUGACCAUAAAGAACCACUGCUUCUAAUGAGAGAGUCAAGGGACUGGGGACAGGAUGAAACGCAAACACACAAACCUACCUGAAACUUUUUGACUACCAGUCUGCUCCUCCAAGCUCUGGAGGACAAAAAUAAAAAGACGUGUAAAAUCAUGCAACCUUUUAAAAGAAUAAAAAAAAAAACAAGCACUGAGCUACUUCUUGGCAUCUACUUGACAAAACUGAAUGAAGAGGAGAGAAGGAGGAAGAGUCGGGCACCGUCAGAUCCAGGCUUGGGCAGAGGGAAGAGGCCCCACAUCCCUCACUCUCUCUCCCUUCCCCUUCCUGCUGCAGGGGCAGAGUCUGAGCGCGACUGAACUGUCACGUUGAUUGGGCACAUCUGGAUUUUUCCUACAGUAUUCGGACCCCCUCCACUUCCCACACACCCUCCAUGUUUCUCCCACGGUGCUCUCAUUUCAACUGACCAAGCAUUUAACUUAGUCAUGAUGGAGGACAGUAUGUUGUCAUAUGCAUAUAGGACUGAACGCAAAAAAAGAAAAAAAAAAAAAUUCAGUGUAUUAUGAACUUUGCAAGAACAUUUUUAAAGGUAUGGUUAUGUUUCUUAUCAUUUGUGAAUUUAGUUAUGAAAUACUGUAUGACUCUAGUAUACAUCUAUUUUUUAAGAGCAAAGAAAACAUGGGAGAGCUUAGAGACGCUGCCUUUGCCAGUUGCUGGGGUAGCGCUGCCAUGGAAACUAAAAAGAUUUGGACCUGAGCGUUCUCAUGUUCCAUUAUUUACUGUGUUGAUUGUUUCAUUUUUAAGUCUGGUUGAGGGCAGGGAAUAUCUAUUUUUUUAGCAACUCAUUGAAUUUUUGUUUACUGUUCUUUUCAGUGUCUUUUUUUUUUUAAUAAUUAUUUUCAGUACAGUCAUAUGUCCCUCGCUGUCCUGGUACUGGAAAUGUUUUAUGGACGUAUUACACUUUCAUUCUCGUGGAAUUUUUUGGUAUAAUGAUGGUGAUGAUUAAUUGGCUCACCUUUGCUGUUUAGAAAUUGUAUGAUGAAUGUGAGCUUUGGGUUUUGUAUGGCAUUCUAAAGAGAAGACUCAAUACAAGAUCAGGUCCUAUAAUAUGUGAGGAUGAUGUGUUCUCUCUUAAUUGAACACCUUGAAUGUUCUGUGCAACAAAACAGCCCAUUUAACAACAAUGCAUGCAAUUGGGCUCUCAUGAUCUUAUAAUAUGUGAAGAAUUGCCCUCAAUUAUGGCUCAAGGCUUUGCUGCCUGCCCAUCAUGACUUUUAUUUCUGUAGUUUGGGGAUGGGGGAAGGUGAUUGUGUGCGAUUUAUAGAGAGUAAAACAUUGCACAUAUAUGGGCACUAUGCGACCACAGCCUGGCUCUCAAUCCAUCAGUGUUAAUCUUCUCCAUGGCAACUGUGGCUGGUCUAGACCACCGUGGUUUGUGGUAUGUCUUGCCUCUGCAGUGCAGUAAACCUAGUACUCUGUUCAAUCAGUAUGCUGUCAAGUCAGACUUUAGACACAACACACAUAUACAUCAGGGUCUUGUUGUCACUGAUUGCGUGUGUAUGUAUAAAAAAAAAAAAUUUAUAGAAUUGAAAAUUUACCUUCAAAUAAUAAAUGAGGGCACGUACCUAUCACAAAGUAAUUCCACAUGAAAAAAAAAAACACAGCCCCUGUUUGUUUAGCUGCUCUAUAAUUGAAAACAAACAUGCAUAUCCUUUGGUCUGCUGCAGAGCCUCGGCUAGAGGAAACCAGUUGAUUUCAGAAAGAGAAAUCAAAGUGCAAUGGUCACACUAUGGUUUUGAUCAUGGAGCAGUUAAGGCCACCCAAGGACAUUCAGGGACACAGCUGAAACGAAAAGGAAGAGGAGAGCUUCAUUAUCCGUUUCAGUGAUUAAACUCAGAACAAAACUGGAAUGUGUAUGUGCUGUCUUUUGUCUCAUUUUCCUUGUACACUUUCUCAGGAGGGCAAAAUAUUGUCAGAUGUGAAGUGCUGCAGUGCAUCUGAGCCGUACCAACUCAGAAAGUGGUGUUUAAAGCUGUAUUCUGUACAGUACCUGUAUUACCACCAAGGUUUUGUCAUGGUACAGCAAGCGAGGACAUAAAGAAAGGAUAUAUAUUCUCUUUUUGUCAAGCGUGGAUAGCUUGAACACAGUGAAACGCGUGCAAACAUGCUAAGCUCAGUGUUGUAUUUCUGUUCUUUGAGCAGAUGGAGCUAUGCAUAUGAUUAUGGCGCCACUCUGUGGUCACACCAAGAAGCACAACAGUCUUUAGAAAAAAAAAACAAGAAGCCUGAUUGUGAGCGAUCAAGGCAUGUAAACACAUUCCAGACUGAAAAAGUAAAGAAAUGAAAAGAAAAAAAAAGUUUUAAUACUAUUGUUAGGACAUGCUGCACAUUUUAAGGUAAUUAGCAGACUUUAAUAUGACCUGAAAUAUAUGACAUGUGACUUAAACUUGCAUUGUAUUUGUGAUUUGCAAUGUCAAAGUUAUUCUGGGAAAAAAUGUGAUGUGGAAAAUUCUAACUUUAAUUUGAUGUAAGUAUAACUUACCAUUAAUUAAACUUUUGAAGUAA